AUUGUUCACUCCCGCGUCCCGCUGAGCGCAGAGGAAACCCUCAGAUCCUCGGGGUCUACGCGCUGCUCAGAGACCCGGUCCCCAGGACAGGCGCGCCUAAGGUCCUGUAGCAAAUACCAAAUACGACUCAGCCGCUGCAGACCAGCAGAUACCAGGCAUGAACCAGCAGCUACAGACCAGUCCUUUCUGCAGGAAGAUACCAGGCACCAACCAGCAGCUGUAGGUCAAUCCUGAAGAAACUGCCAGGCUUCCUAACCGGCCUAAGGCAAGGCUGCAGAAGCAGCAAGCUGCCGCAGGAGCCUCACAAGCAGUUCUCGGCUACCCUCUAAGCCUUUACUCAUGCUACAGCUGCAGUUGCCCAGAGCUUGCUGUGCACAGACAACGACUGGAGAGAUGGCUCGGAGGGUGAAUUGCCCACCGAGAUGCAUAAGGACCUGAGUACAGAACUCCAGCACCCAUGUUUAAAAGCCAGGGACCAGUGUUGUUCGAAGAUGUGUCUGUGGUCUUCACUCAGAAGGAGUGGCAGCUGCUGGAUGCUGCCCAGAGGCACCUGUACAGGGAAGUGAUGCUGGAGACCUACAGGCACCUACGAGCAGUGGGGCACAAUGUAACCAAACCUGAGCUGAUAUGCAAGCUGGAGCAAGGAGAAAGCCCUUGGGAACCCUCAGGCCACAGCCUCUCAGAAGUCCAGAGGGCCGAUACCAUGACAACAAAUGAAGAAAACGGAGGCAGAUAUUUGAGUCAAAUCUUUAUCAGUGAUGAAACACUGACUAAGAGAAGAAGCAAGGAUCUAAAAGAAAUCGUUCAUCUGGCUACAGACCCAGAGGCCUCAAGAGCAAUACGUCAGAAGUGUUGCUCAAUGGAAGCAAGCUUGGAAAACAUCACAGGAUUAGUUACUGGCAACAGAAACCACACAACAAAAAAGUUGGAUGGUUUAGGUGGCUCCAGGUCGCCUGAUGAAAGAUCUCAUAUAGGAUGUAAAAACUGUGAACGUGACCCAAAGAAAAAAUCCCACAGUCCUAUGGAGGGCCCUACUCAACAGCAGAAGACAUCGCGUUUGGAGCAACUUCUUGAAUAUCAAAAUUGUGGGAAGACCUCACACACAAAGGCAGCCUCUGUCAUACACCAGACAGUUCACGCAGGACAGGAUAGCAAAUACACACAAGCCACUGCCCACAAGAUAAGGUUCCAGUCUUUUCUAAGAACCCUACGUGAAAGGAAGAAGCAAGAGGCUAGCCAACAUGGAAAAGCACUGUGUGUGAAGUCAAAGCAUGAACCUGCAGGAACUCCUGUAAGGGAGAAACUCUGUGGGCGUGGCAUGCUUGAGAAACCCUAUAAAGAGAAAUUGGAUCUUUGCAGAGGUCAGAGAAGGCAGCCAGGAGAGCCUGAAUGUAGUGUCAGUGAGAAUGCCAUAAGCAGCUCACCUCACCUCCAAAAUGAGGAACUUCAUGUGGGAGAGAAAAUCUGUGCCAGUGGGAACUGUGGGGGAACCCUUCCUGGAAAGCCACGUCUUUCUCAGAACCGGAAAACUUGCACAGCAGAAAAACCCAAGUGUGCAGACACACAAACAGCCUUAAAGACCUCACAUCAGAUCCUACAUCCGAGACUCAGCACAAGGGAGAAAACCCCCAAAGGGGACGAGUGUGGGAGGUCUCCGCUCCUCUCCCGCAAGGAACUGAGAUGCAGUCAAUACGGGAGACCAUCCUUGGGGGAGAAACCGGAGUGUGAGGGAAAUGAGAAGCCGGACCAUAGUGAAAACCAGAGCCUUUGCAAAGAACAGAAAGCCCAUGAGGGCUGCAAGUGUGAGGAAGGCUGUCCCAAGACUGCAAGCCUUCCUCAACACCAGAGCUCACACACAGAGAAAAAAACCUAUGCAUGCAAUGAAUGCAACAAGUCCUUCCUGGUGAAGUCACACCUCACCGAACACCAGAGAACUCACACGGGAGAGAAACCCUAUGAAUGUAAAGAGUGUGGAAAGUCAUUUUGCCAAAAAUACGCCCUCACGGUACACCAGAGAACUCACACGGGAGAGAAACCAUACAAGUGCAACGAAUGUGGGAAAACUUUCUGCGUGAAAUCCAACCUUACCCAACACCAAAGGACUCACACGGGGGAUAAGCCGUACAAGUGCAGCGAAUGCUGGAGGUCGUUCUGUGUCAAGUCCAACCUCGUCGUGCACCAGAGAACUCACACUGGAGAGAAGCCCUACAGAUGUCUCGAGUGUGGGAAGACCUUCUAUGAGAAAUCUGCCCUCACAAAACAUCGGCGGAUUCACACAGGGGAAAAACCUUAUGAAUGCGAGGAAUGCAAAAAAAGUUUCAGCCAGAGGUCGGCCCUUACCAAGCACCAAAGAAAAACGCACAAGAAGAAAACACCCACCGGCAGCCCGCGCGGGCAGAAAUCUGAACCAACCAGCGAAGCUCACUGAAUAGUGACAGCACGAAAGAGCAAGACGCUGCCAUGGCAACUCGCAUCGUUGAGAACUCCGCCAUCAGAUUAUACAUGAUAGACGCUAGAGAAUUAAUGCAGGGCUAAAAGCAUAAAAAUAUUUCAAACAUGUGAAUCCUUUCAACAGGUAUUCAACAUUGUCGAAGGAGAAAGAAAUGAUUUUAGUGAAUGCGAAGAACAAAUGUCCUUGUGGAAAUAUUGUCUAACUGGAAGUUAUAUUUCAGAUGUGAUGCAGAACUCAUUACAGGACAGAUAACAGAACACCAUCUGUUCUUCAGGCAGAAUGAGGCAAGGCUCUUUCAUAACAGUGAUAAGUGAGGCUUUACUGAUCCAGUUGUAGCAAAGUCAUCUUUUGCCGGUCCUGCUUCAUUCUGUUCCUCAUGUUUUCUCCAUUUCCUUCAAGGGCAUUGACGGAGAUAAAGGAACAAGAGUGGAAAAGACCAAAAGCAAAUUAGAGGAAUCUAAGCCCUGGGUGUGAAAAGAUCCUAGGAACAGCUAUCGAAAACGGCACAAACAAGAGUCUAUGUUAAACGUGUGUGUGUGUGUGUGUGUGUGUGAGUGUGUGCGUGCGCGUGCACACGUGCGUGCGUGUGAGCAUGUGAAUGUGAUACCAUGAUGAGUUAAAAACGAUGUCCAGCGGCCAGCAAGGGCUCAAUGUUAAAAGCCCCUGCUCCACAUGCCUCGUGACCUCUGUUUGAUUCCUGGAACCCUUGUAAAGGUGGAAUGAGAGAACUCACACCAGACAUUUGUCCUCUGAGCCCACACAUGCACAGGGGCACACACACACACACACACACACACACACACACUAAUAAUAAUAAGUAAAAUAAAAAAUUUAAACGAAACCCCUAAAUCUAACCUAACAUCAGGCCAUUUGUAAUGAGAAGAAGAGAAAGAGGAGGAAGAAGAACACGCUAUAAAUUCAGUUGAAAGGGGGAUUUGAAAGCUAGAAGAUAGCAAAAGUAUAUAUUUUUAAAUUAACUCAAUAAAGUGUGGCUUUGGAAUGGUGA